CAGUGCGACUCAGAGCAGGAGCAGCGUGAUCAGACACAACACGGCUGCUGCUGAUCCUGGGUCAGGCGACAGAACACCACGUCAACGCUGUGAACUGCAGGAACAACAACAGAACUGAUGUCUAAUCAGGCUUAAUUACCUCUGACAGGACUUCUGUUACACAGUUUCUCCUACUUUGUUUCCGUUCAGGUGGCGGUCUGACGUGAAGCCUCCAGCUGAUGUUGCGCGGUAACACAGGAAACUACAGGCAAGAGGUUGAUGCACACCUUCUGGAGCCGCUCACAUCUCCGACAGGUGUGCGGCCGUGCGCAAAGCGGAUCCCGAGGAAGUGCGUACAUUCCCCGUGAAGGCAGGCGGGCGUCCCCCCCGGUGCGUGUCCAGCUGUGCGUCUAAACAUGUGGACCCGGGAUGAGUGCACCGGAGAGCCCUGAGACAUGAGGAGAAGCCGACACCGCGCAAACAUGGGACUCCUCGUGCUUUUCUUCCGAUGGCUCGUGUUCACGGUGGUGGUGCCCGCCUGGCUGCUCGCCGCUCCAAGCGCCAUCCGUGAGCGUCCCUGCCCUCAGAGCUGCAGAUGCGAUGGGAAAAUAAUAUACUGCGAGUCCAACGCUUUCCGUGACGUGCCAAGCAACGUGUCUGUGGGCACUCAGGGCCUCUCCCUGCGCUACAACAGCCUGGCCAACCUCAGAGCUCACCAGUUUGCAGGCCUGAGUCAACUGGUUUGGCUUUACCUCGACCAUAAUUACAUCAGUGCCGUGGAUGGAAAGGCUUUCCACGGCAUCAGGAGGCUCAAAGAACUGAUCCUGAGCUCCAACAAGAUCACGCUGCUGAAGAACAACACUUUCCACGACGUCCCCAAUUUACGUAAUCUUGACCUUUCCUACAACAAACUGCAGGUUCUGCAGCCCAACCAGUUUGUGGGUCUGAGGAAACUCCUCAGUUUGCACUUGAGGUCGAACUCGUUAAAAACCGUCCCAAUGAGAGUUUUCCUCGACUGUCGUAAUCUGGAGUUUCUCGACAUCGGCUACAACCGGCUGCGGAGCCUCACGAGGAACGCCUUCGCAGGACUCCUGAAGCUCAUCGAGCUCCACCUGGAGCACAACCAGUUCUCAAAGAUCAACUUUGGUCAUUUCCCGCGCCUGACCAACCUCAGGGCGCUCUACCUGCAGUGGAACCGGAUCCGACUGCUGACCCAGGGCCUGCCUUGGAUGUGGACUUCCUUGCAGAAGCUGGACCUGUCAGGAAACGAGCUCCAAAUGUUGGACCCGAGUACAUUUCAGUGCCUCCCCAAUCUGCAGACUCUGAACCUGGACUCCAACAAACUGAGCAAUGUGUCUCAGCAGACGGUGGAGGCUUGGAUCUCCCUCACCACCAUCAGUCUGGCUGGUAAUCUGUGGUACUGUAACCCCAACAUAUGUCCCCUGGUGGCCUGGCUCCAGGCCUUUAAGGGGAACAAGGAAACCACCAUGAUUUGUGCCGGCCCAAAGGAGGCGCAAGGGGAGAAAGUGACAGAUGUAGUGGAGACUUACAACAUCUGUACCGCCACGCCGAGCCCCAUCCCCUCAACCACGUCACCCCCCCUCACUCCUGCGUUUCCACCUGAGCUGCUGCCGCUGCCCACGCAGUCUGUGGUGGAUAAGAAGCUGAUCUGGAACAGGACAGCCUCCCCCACGCCCUCCCUGGCCUCCCCCACCAUCCCCCUGCCAGACACCGAGUAUGUGUCCUUCCACAAGAUCAUAGCAGGUAGCGUUGCCCUCCUCUUAUCCGUGGCCAUAAUUCUGCUGGUGAUCUACGUGUCGUGGAGGCGCUACCCCAGCAGCAUCAAACAGCUCCAGCAGCGCUCGGCGGUUAAAAAGCGCCAGAAAAAGGCUCGUGAGACCGAGCGCUCCCUUAACUCGCCGCUGCAAGAGUACUAUGUGGACUACAAGCCGUCACACUCAGAGACUAUGGAUGUGCUGGUUAAUGGGACAGGACCUUACACAUACACCAUCACAGGCUCCAGGGAAUGUGAGAUUCCGCGGCAGCUGAGUGCUCUGGCGUUGUACAGGUGUGAGCCGUCGGUUCUGGAUUACUGCCAUGCCCACCUGUCACUGCGCCUCGACAUGGGCAUGGAGCCCCCAACUCAGGCGCCGAGAGCUCCGGGGCCGGCCAAAUACCACCCGGGGCUAAUGGCCGCCCUCCCCUCUGAGCCUGUGCUGCCCUGCCCCCAGACCCACUCCUUUCACCAGUGAGCUGGAGGACACUGUGAGGCUCCGUGUCCAAAUUACUGUACUGUAUGUCUGCUGCACAGAACCGGUGGAGCACUCAGAUGAAAAAAGGAGGCUAUGUGGGAGGAAAGUGGGUCUGGUAAAGAAGCAAAAGAGACAAUUAAUCCACUGCAGAGCGUCCUGGAGCCAGCGUAAUGAAAAUGAAAAUAUUUCUCGGUGGAAAGAAAAAGGGGGCGCAGCAGUAUUGAUUAGCGAGCUUCUGACCUACCUGACCCACAGUGUCCUCAAUUAGAGAAGGAGGCUGAACAGCAGCAUGACUCUCCACGUUCUGCUCUGCCUCCCGAGGAGUAUUAAGGAUAAUAAUUUAAUAAUUCUUUUUUUUUUUUAAUCUUAUUAAACAUUUUUCCUCGACUUCUCCUCAUCUGAGGCACCCCUCUGCUGCGUCAGGUAAAGUAAUCAAAUGCAAAAUGCUAUUAACAGAGCAGGGGAACAGCAUGAUAAGCAACUGAGUGGCAGAACAAAUGAGAGAUCAGCCAAGCUAAAAGGUUUUCUGCUGCUUUUUUCUUUUAAUCACGCCGUCAGCCAGAGGUUUAGUCUCUAGCUCGAGUCCCGCCAGAGGUUUCCAUCUCAAGAAAAGAGUCCCACCAAAUGAAAUUACCCACGACGAGAGAAACGAGUCAGAAAAUAAGUAAUUGUGGUAUAAAAUGUACAGCCUACACAUCUCGCCGGCAGUAAGUAUAAUUUACAUGGUGACUUUUGAUUUCCUGAAUGAUUUGUGAUGUUUAUCACGUAAUUAAUUUAACGGAGCUGCAGAGAUAAACAGAUGAAGAAUAAACACAUCUCGGUGCGCUGGGAGUGCAGAUACUUACUUUUCACCAUCCAUUGAAAUCUCUCCUGUACUUAAUGGUUUCUGUUUUUAACUGUGUUCUUCAACAAAUUAUCAGACUGUGCACUCAUAUAUCUACAUGUGUGUGUGCUUUUUACAAGAUGUUACAUUAUAAUAUAUGGUAAAUAAAACUGUG